UAAGCGACUGCAGCCAACUUACUGUUUUCGAACUCGAAAUUCGACACUCAGCUGCUAAAAUGUCAGUUACACUGCACACCGACGUGGGCGAUAUCAAAAUCGAGCUCUUUUGCGAGUCUUGCCCCAAAGCCUGUGAGAAUUUUCUGGCUCUCUGUGCAAGCGAUUAUUACAGUGGCUGUUGUUUCAUACGGAAUAUUAAGGGAUUCAUUGUGCAAACCGGCGAUCCAACAAACACGGGCAAGAAUGGGCAGUCCAUUUGGGGUACAAAGUUCGAUGACGAGUUCAAGGAGACCAUAAAGCACACGGAUAGAGGAAUGGUUUCAAUGGCAAAUAAUGGACCCAAUGCAAACGCCAGCCAGUUUUUCAUUACCUACGCCGCACAGCCGAAUCUGGAUUUGAAAUAUACGCUCUUUGGCCGUGUAAUCGACGGAUUUGAUGCCCUGGAUGAGCUGGAGAAAUUGCCCGUAAAUCCAAAGAACUAUCGCCCGCAUGUGGAUAAGAAGAUCAAUGGAGUAACGAUACAUGCCAAUCCUCUGGCCGCGUGAUGCUUUAUACAUAUAUUUAUUUUUCUACUACUUAAGUUACAUAAACGUUUUGCAUUUACAUACUAAUUAAUUGAGAAACAGCAAAUUGUGCAAAAAGUUGCUAAAACUAGAUCUUAAAAGUCAGCCAAGUUGUCACACAAAUUCAUCAUUUAGUUAUGUUUUUCUGUUGUUUUUUUUAUGUAUAAAAUUGCAUUGCUCAUCUCGCAUGAAUUUUGUUUUAGAACUUCUUCAAGCACUUUUGCACUUAAAUGGAAAACUUACAAUAGACAAUAUGUAUGAUGAUUGUAAAAACGAAUAACUAGAAAAGUAAAAACAAAUGCUAACAA